UUUGCCUUCACUUGAAAUAAAAAUAAAUUUUGAUGAGCUUGACUCUGUAUUUUACCAGAGAUCGUCGUGAGUCAGAGACUCGUUAUAUCAUCCAGGAACCCUUUGUGUGGAAACCAAUGCAGUAUGAAGAUAUAUCGCUAUUGUUUGGGAAGAUAGGCAAUGCACUGAUUGAGUGCUCACUAAACCUGCAAAUUAGCAAUGACAUCUCAAAUUUGGCGUUUGUUAGACAUCUGAUAAGCUAUUACACAGCUCAUUGUGUGAUUGGAGGGCUUUCUAGCGAGCCAACUUUAUGCCUUAUGGAGUUAAAGUCAACUAUCCCCUCUAUGAAACAGAUGGAAAGAUACCUCAAAACAGAAGAUAUAACAAAUUUACACAAAUUUGAGUUGCUGAGCAUCAAAGUUGUGCUAGACAUCCACUUCCAUAUUGCCAAAAUCCAUGAUUCCCCGCCAUAUAAGAAUCUCAGGAAGAAGAUCAUUCCAUGCAUGAUAAGAUUUUACAAGAGGAUCUCUCAAGCGAAAUUCUCUAUUAUGAUAAGCCUCUAUAGAGCCUUUGCAGAGGAUAGUAGGAAGAGACUCCUAGAGAUGAACAGCAGAGCUUAUUCUACUCCCUAUUCCUUUAUCAAGGAGCUCAAACAGAAGCUAGCAACUUAUAAUCAGAUAAAUCAAGGAGGGGAAGAGCAUCACUUCUAUGCUUAAGUUCACCGACGACAUUGACCACAAGCGGAAGCCAACCGGUAGAUCUCUUGUUCAUGUGUGCU